AACCGCUGCCCCGCUGAGGCAGCCCGCGGCCCCGCCGCCGGAGCCCGGUGGGCCGGGCGGGGGUGGGGCUGUCCCGCCCGGCCGCGCGGCACUCUGGGAGCGGAAGCGGCGGCCGCGCGGGGCUGAGGCAGGCGGCAUGGCAGCUGCCGGCAAGAGGAAGCUUGCGGAGCUGAGCCUGGACGAGUUCCUUGCUGCCGGCUGCGAGUCGGAGCCUGACGGCGGCUCGGAGGAGGAGGCGGCGGCCCGGCCCGGCCCGGGGACCGCGGCGCGGCGGCGCGGGGAGGCGCGGCGGGCCGGCGCGGAGGGGCGGCGGGCCCGGCCGGCGGCCAGGAAGAAGGGAAAGGCAUCUGAACAUAAGGAUCAGCUCUCCCGGCUGAAGGACAAAGAUCCUGAAUUCUAUAAGUUUUUGGAGGAAAAUGAUCGCACGUUGCUGAAUUUUGAUACUUCAGACAGUUCUGAUGAGGAGGAGGCAUUGCAUAUACCACCUGAUACACUGGAGGAAGCAAGUGAUGAAGAUGAAGAAGAGGAGCAUGAAAAAGUCAAACGGAAGAAAGCUACUUUCAUCCCCGUGAGCUUGAAAAUGGUUGAAGAAUGGAAGAAAGCUGCAGAGAGAAGGCUAACACCAAAACUUUUCCAUGAAAUCACUCAAGCCUUUAAAGCAUCUGUAGCAACCACCAAAGGAGAUAAUGGUGGGGCUGAUCCCAGCAAGUUUCAAGUCACUGAUAUGGCAGUGUUCAAUGCCCUUGUAUCCUUCUGUGUCCGGGAUCUCUUCCGCUGCCUGCAGAAAGUGCUUCUUCUGAAAGCUCCAAAGAACAAACUAAAAAUGGUCCUUCCUUCCACCAGCCCGCUUUGGAGCAAAGUGCGACUGGAUGUAAAAGCGUACCUCAGCUGUACCAUUCAACUCCUGUCUUGUUUAACAGAAGCCUCAGUUGGUGCAGCAGUCCUUCAGCAUGUCAAUUCUAUAGUGCCUUAUUAUUUGUCCUUUCCAAAGCAGUGUCGUGUACUUCUCAAGCAAACAAUUAAUUUGUGGAGCACAGGUGAGGAAACAGUAAGAGUACUGGCCUUCCUUGUGCUGAACAAGAUCUGCCGCUACAAGAAAGAGGUGUACCUAAGUCCCUUACUCAAGCAAAUGUACAUCGCAUUUGUGAAGAAUUCCAGAUUCACCUCUCCCAAUGUCCUGCCCAUGAUCAACUUCAUGCAGCGCACGCUGACAGAGAUGUAUGCUCUGGACACACAUACCUCUUACCAGCAUGCCUUCAUCUAUAUCCGUCAGCUUGCCAUUCACUUGCGUAGUGCAAUGACAAUAAAGAAGAAGGAAAACUUCCAGUCUGUUUAUAACUGGCAGUAUAUUCACUGUCUGUAUUUCUGGUGUCGGGUUCUCAGCACAAUCUAUCCCAGUGAGGUCAUGGAGCCGUUGAUCUAUCCUUUGACGCAGGUCAUCAUUGGCUGUAUAAAGCUGGUACCAACAGCUCGUUUCUACCCUCUGCGCAUGCACUGUGUCCGUGCACUUACAUUGCUGUCUGAGAACACCAGGACCUUCAUCCCAGUGUUGCCAUUUAUCCUGGAGAUUUUCCAACAAGUGGAUUUCAACAAGAAGCCGGGGCGUAUAAGUGCUAAGCCUAUAAACUUCGCAGUAGUCUUGAAGCUUUCCAGUGCCAACCUGCAGGAGAAGGCCUUCCGAGAUGGACUAAUUGAACAGCUUUAUGACCUGAUGCUUGAGUAUUUCCAUUGCCAAGCCUACAGCAUUGGAUUCCCAGAGCUGGUUCUCCCCACUGUCAUUCAGUUAAAAUCUUUCCUGAAGGAAUGCAAAGUUGCCAACUACUGCAAGCCCAUCCGGCAGCUCCUGGAGAAACUGCAGGAAAAUUCUGCCUACAUCGCCAGCAGGCGUCAGAAAGCUACCUUCGGCGUGGCCAGCAGGGAGUCUGUGGAACAAUGGGAGAAGCAGGUCAAAGAGGAGGGGACACCUCUGACCAAGUAUUAUACUCAGUGGAAGAAGCUAAGAGAGAAGGAGAUUCAACUGGAAAUCAGCGGCAAAGAAAGACUUGAAGACUUGAACUUCCCAGAAAUUAAGCGUAAGAAGCAAAAUGAAAGCAAAGAGGAAGAUAAGAAGGAAUUCAAGGACCUCUUUGAGCUGGACAGUGACUCUGAUGAGGAGAAUGUCGGAUUGCCUAUAAAAGGUAAAGCCAAAGCCAAGCAGGCAUCAGAUGACAGUUCAGAAGCAAGCAGCAAAGACUAUGGUGAGGAUGAUGAUGAUGAAGAAGGAACAUACGAAAUCGAGGAGGACGAGGAAGAACUGGAAGACUCAGAUGAGGAAGAAAAGGAAGCCGCUCGGGUUUCCCAAGGGUCACACAAGCAGAGGAGCUGCACUCAGGGGCUGUCGCGAUCUGAGCUCGAACAGCUAGCCCAAGGAGAAGAGGACAUUGUGGAGGAUUUAGCUUUCUCUGACGAUGACUGAGCACCCUCACAGCCACAACCCCCCUCCAAGCUUAUUCUUUACAAAGCUGCUGUGUAUUGGAUCACCCAGCCUUCAGCACCUGUAGCUGGUUCUCAAAGAGGUGGUAAGAGCUGGGGAGCAUGGAGGGUGGGAGGCCAGCCCCAGGUGCCACCAAGGACUUUCUCAGUGACACAGCGGAGAUACUACUUGGACUUUCAAGCCUUUUCUACCAGCCAUGUUUUUGGUAACAGUAAAAUUGUGGUCACAUCAAGGCCAGUAAAACUGCUCAUCAUAGAUAAUAAAAAAGCCCUUACUGAA